AUGCCGCAACAUGAAGGAACAGAUAGGAUCCAACAAACUGGAUUCAGCACCCCUUACCCUCCUCCAUGGAAGAUGAUUGAUGGAGGAAUGCAGUUCAAAUCCCAUGAACUAAACCUGAAAUCUAGGCUCGCCGCGAAGCUUAAAUGGGGAGAGCAAGUGAGGGCUGAAGGUUCACGGUGA